AAAAGUGAUUAAAACACAAUAACUAUAUAUUUUACAACGUUCCCACCGCGGAUUGGUUAAGUUCACACACGAUGGCCGAUGCAACGCCCGACGAUCUGUGGACACCGUACAAAUGUUUGCUGAACAAUGUGGAAAACUAUCUGCUUCCUUCGUCCGACUUUGCCGACACGUCGCAUGCCGCCAGCCUGGAAGCUUUGCUGCGGAAACACAAGCAGAACUUUAUUUCACUGCUGAAAAAUCCACCCAAGAACGGAAAAUGUCGAGAAGCGAUCAAACAGGGCAUUACGGAGGGUAUUACCCUGCCGGAGUUUGGUCACACCAUCCUGUCGAAAGAACUGGUCGACGAAAGUAUCAUCAUAUCGGACAUGUUCGACAUGAACGAGUAUGUGGCGCUGGAGCUGUUGUGUACGUCCCAGCAGCAAACGAUAAACCAUCCGGGUUUGACGCGCGGACUGGUGGCGGUGUUGCUGUACUACGAUGGACGGAAGUCUUUGGUGGCCAGCUUGAAGCAGUUGCUUAAAUCGCGUGCCGGUGUGUCGUGGUGUACGGACGCGCCACCGGAAGUGACACAAAUCGUUACCAGCUACACGGAUGGGUUGGUGGCGGACGGAUUGCUUGAGCGGAUCAUCGAUCUGCUGCAGGAGCUGGACAUUACGAAGGAGCUCGACAUUCUAACGACGAAUCGUGCCCUUGGACCACCGCGACAUCAUCGCCAGGUGUUAGAUUUGUUCGAGGAGAUCCGUUUCCUGUUGGCGCAGUGCAUUUACUACUAUGCCGCACAGUCCGGUUUGCCACGGAAUGCUACGAUGAAGUUGGUACAGUAUCUGCGUACCUACAAGUGUACCGAAUCGAGCGGUGGAAUUGACGACGUGACGGUGACACUGCAGAUGGGUUUGCUAUACGCACUGGAUCUAAGCGUACUGCAACGCCGGGAAGAUGGAGAGGAACUCGUCCGAAAGCUGCCCAUGAUCAAGGACGAUCUUUACAUCGAUUUCCUGAUGGAUGCCCUUUCGAACGGGUGGGAAAACGAUGGUCUCCACGCGCUAACUCUAUUCGCAUUCGGACUGUCAAUCGCAACUCUUCGACUCGCACCCCAGACGCUCGUCCAAGAUGCAUCUAAAAUGAUCGAUCAAGACGAACUGCUCGUAAACGGAGCCCUUCAGGGGAAAGUGUUCGAUUUUAUGUACUACACGUUCCUCGAGAGCGAACUCAUCUUUGACACGGAGUUCUUCUACCGACGUCUGCACACACUGUUGGCGGAUUUCAUCGAGCUGAUGCACUCGAAGGUGACGGAACUGCGUGGCCGGGCAGAUGAAACGGCACGAACGGUUCAGGUGUACCAGCAGCAAGGCAUCGAACCACCGACAAACCUCUGCCGGAACUUUGAAAUGCUCCUACUGUCCGUCGGAAAGCUGUACGGAAACGAUCGCCUACGUCUAAACCUUAGCAUGGAGUACUGGGGACCAACCGAGUUCGCACACAGCUUCCAAGGAACUCGCCUCUCAUCGCGAUCGGUCUGCUUGUUCAAGUUCAUCCGUCUGGCGGGAGAAUUACUGCCACCAACGCUGUUCAUUCCCUACCUCAAAAUGUUGGCCGGUCUUAGCUGUAAUCUACAAGCCGCCAGAAGUGCAUUUAAUCUCCUCAAGCAGGGAAGCGCUUAUUCGGGAAGCAGUACAGUGUCCUGGGAUCACUUUUUCAACUCCCUCAGCGAAUACUACUUUAAUCUGCGACAGGAGCAAAAUCCACAAUCCGAGACGGUAUAUCGAAAUCGUAUGAUCUGUAGAAGCAUUAGUCCCCAGGAAUUGCUCGGAUUGCAGGCUGUCCUGCAGGUCGUGCAAGCGGUCGCCCGACACGACGAACUAUCCCGCAUUGCGCUGUGCGAAAGCGACAAAUGGGCCCCGCUCAAUGUUCUCGUCGGACUGAUCAGUUGCUCCGUACCGAUUCAACUAAAGGCAGAAAUCGUCCGCACACUAGCCACUCUGGCCGGUAGUUUAGAAAAUGCCAUCAAACUCUGGCACAACCUGGAAGAUUCGCAAAUCAUCAACACCGUACCGUCGACAAGCAAUUUUAAAACGCGUGGCGUCAUCUCGGAACUGGAAGAGGUCGAAAGUCGGAAUGAAACGUUCCCGCUUACCCAAGCCAUGCUGGAUCUGCUGGCCGCUCUGAUGAGUACGGCCAUUCCGGAUGAUUUGGGUGAGGGUUCGCGUGCUCCCGGGAUUCAUCCUUACCUGUCGUACGUAGUAAAUACCGUGCUGCUGAGAUUGUUUAGUCGUAACUACAAGGAUGGCGCCGAAAAAUGGCAACUCGCGCAGAAAUGUCUCCAGAUCGUGUACAUGUUUGUGAACAGUUUCAACUUCAAUCCCGCCAACGCGAACCUUAUGAAAGAGCUGAAGGAAGGACGAACACCUCCAGCGUACCGGAUUAUGCUGCAGCUCAACACGAAGUCGGAUCUGCUCCGGUUCAUACUGCACAUCGUGGAUGAGUCGAUCGUUUGCUUCGACUCUUACACACCUUUUCCGGGCAAAGCUUCGCUCGAGGCUGCUUCCCUGCUUUGUCUUCAAAUAAUCGAAAAGGCCCUAAAUCUGCAAGAGGAAUUCUUCAACAUGCACCUCAGCACCCCAAGCCCGGUGAAUCUGAACGGCAUCAACAAACUUCUCCUGGGUGUAAAUCCUCGCAGCGGUACAGCGAAUCAUAUGCUGAACAUUAUGAAGCACAUAACCUACAGCAGCUGGCUGCCGGAGAACAGUCUUGUAGCACUACGCAUCCUCUCUAUCAUCAUGACCUUGCCGGACGUCAAUCAGCUCAUCCUCGGACUCGUCACCCAGACGGACGAGCUAAAGAAUGAAAUAAGGCAAGGAUUUGUGGAGUGUUUGGAAGCGGAUUUAAACGUAACGGAGGAAGCAGAACCACUGCCACUGAUGGAGCAGAUUAACGAAGCCGCCCUGAUACUCGGUGCCGGUGCGAUGGAAGAAGAAAUUACGGCUAAAGCUUCCACUACCUCAGAAACUUUCGUAACGACAAGCAUCAAGACGGCUGUCAUACAGCUAAUACAGGAGUGUUUGCAGCAACCAAUUGUACCGAAUUUGGCCCACUACCUGUUAGGGUUCAAUCUGGGGAAGGAUCUCCAUCUGACAAGUUUGCAGCAGCCGGGAAUAAUGAACUUUCCGAGUCAUUGUUCGAAAUCGCUCAUCACGCUGUUGGAUCGGCAUUUAGAGCACCUGAAAUCGGGAAACGUCCUCUCCACAAGCUACAACAAGCUGAUCGAGCACGCGUACCGUUUGCUGUACCAAAUUUGCCGCAACUACCACACGUCGGAAGUGUUUCUACGCUUUCUCCGCUCGUGCAACGAUUUCCUUUGCCGUCACACCACAUCGCUACCCUUCCCGGAUGCGAAAAAUCCGUUCCUACUAAAUCAGAUGACCUUCCUGCUGAAGGCGAUCGUGAUCGAGCUAAAACUAACGAGCGAACGCAAUCAAGCAACGCAGUUUGAAACGAUUUGUAAAAUACUGCUUAAAAUUAUAAACGCUCCAUCGAUCGAAGCGGUAACGACGGGAUUGGGUGAUUAUUAUACCAACACCAACAUUAGCUUCUCGAUCAAUGCAACGGCAGACAUGUCGACGACAGCGAUUGCCGCUACGAAAGAAUCGAGCGAAACGGCCAAACGGUUGUUGUGCAUAUUGCUGGAUUGUGUGGACUUUACGAUCAAGCAGCUGGAGGAACCUUCGUGGAACUAUUUCAACGCGGCCGUACUGCAUGAGUUGCUGCAAAGCUGUGAAACGCCUGUAUCGCAAAGCUCUCGUAUGCGACUGAUCGAUACACGGAAGUUGCAUGAUAUUUUAAGGGAUGAACUCGAUUCAAUCCAAACGAUCGCCACUGGGCAACGGGCACAUGUCGUGCAGGAAGUGAAAACGAUCCUCAAGUACGCGCUGCAGUUGAAUACGCAGCGUAGUUUGUGUUCUUCCACGAUAAAGUUCCUUGAAGCGUGGGGACAGGUGGCGGAGGUACUGGUAUGCGUCACCCCAACCAUGAUCAUGUCGCUCGACACGAAGCAAAUCAUCAUAACGGAGAUCCUGCAGAUAAUGCUCAGCAAGGCCGUACCGAAACAAAUCAUCCCGGAGUUGGCGAAUAUUGCUUCCUCGACCAUCUCGCUGCUGAUGGUGAAUUUGAGAAGCUGUUUCCUGCUAAAAUCGGAACAGAUGUCACUGCACAUGAUAUCGGAAAGGCAUCAGAAUGGAAGCAUGAACGGGACGAGCUUGUCUACAACCGGUACAAGAAAUGGUUUAAAUGGGGAAUUAAACAACAGCGCACAACAGCACCGCCAGGAAGCUGGAACUUACGUUUAUCUCGAGCGUGCCAAUGCGCUUAGCUUGAAGUUUAUCCUAAAAAAUAUCCUCGACUGGCUGCUGAUCAGCAGCGAUGGAUCGCCCCAGCUAAAGAUGAACCUGUACGUUGCCCUGCUCAACUACAUGUACAUCAUCAAGGGCAAUCGGGAUAGUCUCGAGCGUAGCCAAAAGCUGGAAAGCGAUAAGGAAGAAGUCGUUGGGUCGUUCCUGAACAAAACCAUCAGCAACGCGGGACGGAAACCAUUCGGUACGGAAACGGAAGACUACAAACAUUUGACGAUGAUAAUGGACAUUUUCCACUCGUUCGGCGACAAUCUGAUUGAUGUGAUCUGUCAGGACUGUACGACGGGGCACGAUAUUUGUAAAAUGUUGGCCAUGUCCUGCCUGGACAUGUUGCUCAGCAUGGAUGCAUCGAUUGGCAUAGUGGAGUUCAUCUCACGGCACGGAUAUCUGUCGCACAUUAUCAACAGUUUGCUGAAGAAGGAUGGUGAUCUUUGUCGGAUUUUGCAGACCAAUCCAAAUACCUUCCGGGCACUAUAUGUGUACGAGUCGAAGAUGGCACUAUUGACGCGUUUCGCUCGGUGCCAAAUCGGUGCACGGAUGCUGCUGGAGGAACACAUCCUUGGAGUGUUGGGCAGCAUGAAGGUAUACGAUCUUCAUCCGGACGUGCAGAUCCUGAAUGGGGCGAGCAUCCAGCAGCAAUCGUAUGCUUCGGCUAUGGCAGUCGCAGCUGCUGCUGCUUCUGCAUCACUUUCAUCCUCGUUUAUUCCUCCGGUUGAAGCACGGUUUCAGCAGAUCCUAUUUCCCGCGCUAAAUCUUUGCGAUGCGAUCCUAUCGACUUUGGGACACGAGAACAACUCGGCUCUGAGUCAGAUCAUUCACUUUUUCCUGUCGCACAGUGAUAUGAUUGAAACGGUGCUGCGUGCCGGUUCGCCCAGCAUGAACCUUGGACUGCUGAAAGAGUUGGCCGGUAUUACGAAUCUGAUCGCCCGGUCGGCGAAUCAGGAACUAUACGAACUAACCGAUCCGAACGCUAACCAAGCGUUCGGUAUGCAGCUGUACCGGAUGCAGAAGUUUAUGCUCGCCCUGCUGCCACGUUUUAUCGUUUCUGAGCAAAAUUUGAAAGAGCUCUACCAAAGCAGCAUGAUCAUGCAACCGUACGGUGCCGGUGGAAUGGGCAUUAGUAGCAGCGUUAACUUUAGCGCUGCGCAGGCCAGUGCCGCGAAUGGGAACGAUCAGAAGCAACGAUCGCAGUACGUGAAAUAUUUCCUCGAGGUAGCGGCCAAUCUUGCCCUGUACACACGCAACUGUAUCUCGAACCAUGUGGUUGAUCAUCGAACGAUCAAUGUACUGUUCUCGCCUCACUACAAUCCGGAUGGAACGACGGCGGGCCAUGGGACAACACCUACAAAGUCAGCUGGACCGGCGGCAUCGUUGGCGCUGAUGCGUCAGGAACCGCCGUUCCGUUCGUCGACAGAAACAUCCUCGACCGAUGUACCGCACAGUCUGUACGUCGUGAUUACGCAGCUUCGGUGUACGGUAGAGUUUUAUCACAAGGAGCGUAACAUGCUGGAAAGCUUGCAGCAACAGCGCAACUCACUGCCAAGUAUCGAUUUAGAUAAAAAUAUUCAAUUACAAUAUAACUUGCUAACCGAGCGUGUAAAUGCGAAACAGGAAGAGCUGCAGCGCAGUGUGUUCAUCAUCGAGCAUUAUCUGUACAUUCUGUGGGCGCAUUUGGACUUUUUCAUGCUGCGCGUUCUGCCCGUCAAUAAUCGCGUCGGAAGCUCAACCUUUACUGGGCACAACUUCCAAUCCGACCACACGGAUUCUAGCUGGCGGGUAUCGAAUGACGAUAUUAUCGCACUUAAAAAGACCCUCAUCGGUGUGUUUAAUGAAACUUUCUGCAAGCAGCUGAUCGAGAUGGAAGCGAAACAAUCAGAGAAAGGUUUUGUGGUGUCGUUCAUAAGACGAAUCAAACAAUCCAUACAGUUUGUGCCAGUGAAGUGA